AAGGCAACUGGCACUGAGAGGAGGUCACAAAUUUAGAUAUAGAGGUGAGUGUGACUAAUGAGAUUCUUCGACGCAGCCAAACAGAAUUUGUUCGCCGAAAACCCCUUUCAAAAAACGUCGUUACUGGGACGGAUCCGAUCGAAGUCGAAAAGUUGCUCUCCUUGGUGGUGUGGGCUUGCACAGCAUGUCGAGGGAGUGUCAGCUUGCCAUCCCCUUAGAAUAAUAGCAACUAGCGCUGGACUGACUCAUAUUACCGAUGUUCCGAGAAGGAAGAAGUUUUCUAUGAUGAUUUUGAGUCUAAGAUCAUUUGUGGGUAGUUUGAUAACGGUGGCAUCAUGAUUCAGGGAUGUGGGGGAGGGAUUGGAGCAACAUUUAACCCCGCUUGGCUCCAUGUCACGGCCCGUGCCUCUACAGAAUGCAGCCAUUGUUUUAUGUCACGACGGGGGUUGGGGAUGUCCGGAGCGAUGUUCCUGGUCGCAGAAAGGGUUUAUGAAUCCCCUUCUGCUUUCGUCUCUGGGAGGGCUCGGCGGAGCGGGUUCUGCACUAGUUUGCGCCGGGUCUCGAGAAAUUCGCAGGCGUCUGAUGAUUUUGAGCCGGGCUCAAUCCAAGACAGAGGACUCGCUGUGGAGGUGAAUGACAAUGUUUCGGAGUCUAAAGGUGUAUAUGCUCAAGGAAGUGGCAACCUGAAUUGCCAAAAGGAACAGGACAUGAAUGUGGAGGCGAGAACAGGUUCCUUGGAAUUUGAUGUAAAAGAGGAUGUGUACUGGAGGUUUGAUGGAUUCAACUAUGUGGAAUCGCUUAGGGUUUUGAGUGAUGUAACAGAAGAAGAAAUGGGAGCAGAAUCUACCGACAUGAGUUUUCUUAGCAGACAGCUCGUCUAUAACAGCCAAGGUGCGCUUUCGAACGGACAAGUUGGUCCGUCUGAUUCAACUACAACAGGCGAUAAUAUGGACCCUUUGGGAGAGUGGCUCCAAUUGCCAUGUGAACCUGAGCGUUGGUGGCGGAUUCCAGAUUUGAUACACGAAGUUCUACCCCUUCCCAAGAACUUCAAUCUACAACUGAAGAUAUUAUCUGAGAAGCUUGGCUCUAGCAUCCAUUCUCGUGAGCUACUCCUACGAAUUCUGGUUCAUAAGAGCUACUAUUUGUCAAAAAUGCCUCAAUCUAUGAAGGAGAAUAAGCUGAGGAAGCCUCUUAUGUCGUGGCAAAGGUCAGAGACUAUGGAUGACGACAACUUGAUGAGUUUUUCUGACGCACACGGAGAGGUUCAGAGACUAAUCUUUCAUGCUCGAUUGCAGCUGGCUCUAGUAGGGGACACUGUCUUGAAUCUUGCUGCUUCGCUCCACCUUAUUCGCCGAAACCCUUUGUUGUCCACUGGUUUAAUAACGGAGCGAAGGUCACAGCUGGUAUGUAAUAGCAAUUUGGCUCGCGUUUGGUGCACGUUGUUGGAUCUGCGUGAGCUUGUAUUGUGUGAUCCUCCCUUUUCUCAAUCUAAAAAGCCUUCAGCAACUACUCUUUUGGAAUUGCAGAUGAAAACCUGUGCAGACACACUUGAAGCUUACAUUGGUGGCCUCUACGUGGAAAAGGGACUGGAAAGUGCCCUAAAGUUUGUUGAGACCCGUUUGUUACCCCUCUUACUUCUCGCCGAACCAAAAAGGAAUCCGGUGGCCUUGCUUCACGAACGAUGUGUACUGACGUUGCAGGAGAAGCCUGAUUACAAGUUGAUAGGAAUCGACAAUCAGAAUACCCCAAACGAAUUGUGCAGGAUUAGGGUUUACGUGAAAGGGCUUCGCAUGUCCACUGGAAUUGGGAAAUCACAGAAACUAGCUAGACGAGAUGCUGCGGAGAAAGCUCUCCUCAAAUGGCCAGAGAUUUUUGGGCCACCAUAGUUUUAGUUCCUCUGAAAAAUCAGAAUUGUUUUGUUCCUCGUUCAGAUAACUAUUACAGAACACUUUCUCCCAUUCACGCACAUCACUUACGAGGUUGUCUGUAACUUCUCGCACCAUGCAGGAGCGUUAGAACUUGCUUCAGCCUUUGGGGGAUGCUCCAGUCUUAAAGGAUUAGAAAGAACUUGUAUCUUGUACUCUUGAUUGCAAUUUUUUGCCACAUCAUACCAUACAUUUAGUGUAGUUUUUUUUUUUU